AUGGGCAUACGAUGCGUCCCCAGUGCCGACGUGCCGACUUUGUGCCAACUUGAAUACUGUUUUCUCGGCACGAACGGAGGUCCUCUUUGCGAAAACAACCAAGUGGUCGGAGUGUGUUCGGGUAACUGCGGAAACGCUUGCGAUCAUAGUUGUGAAGCGUGCUGCAACGAAGAUUUUCCCGUGAAUCACGCGUUUCAAACGUGUGAGACUUGUUUCGACGGAGGGCCCGGUGGAGCGAACGAGUGCACACGUUCUAGUUGUAAUAACGGAUGUCCAGGCAUUCCAGCCACCCCUUGCUUAUCAGCCGGGAGCGGAAACUGUUGCACGUGUCGUGGCGCCGGCGGCAACUACCCGAACUGCUUUCGCUCCAACUUCCCGUUCCCGCCGCCGCCGCCGCUGCCGCCGUUGCCACCGACCCCAACGUAA